GACAUACGGGUAAUCGUCGUAUCCUCGAAUUCCAAAGAGCAACCAUAUUUACGCGAGAGAAGAAAGGAACAGUUGUAUACAUAAUCAUUGAAUAUAGCGAUUUAUACAUCUAUUUUAGCACAUCGUUUUGGGCGGAUUAUUUUCUAUGUUUUUGAAUACAUAAUGAUGUGAAAAAUAUGGCUGUAACUUGAGAGAUUUCAAUCUUAUUGAACUUCAAGUGUGUGUCGUAAAUGAGACAAAGGUGGUGGCGCUGCGAAGAUAUGUGAGGACUUCCCUGAAGGGAGGAUUUCCGACCUAAAAAAAUAACAUCACAUUUCUUCGGAUACCUCCCCAGAAUGGAACUUUUUAUCGAAACUCUUACUGGUACAGCCUUUGAACUUCGCGUUUCUCCUUUCGAGACUAUUAUGUCAGUUAAGGCGAAGAUACAAAGACUGGAAGGUAUACCAAUUUCACACCAGCACCUUAUUUGGCAGUCAGUGGAACUGGAAGAUGAUUAUUGUUUACAUGACUAUAGUAUUCACAGCGGCGCCACCCUAAAACUUGUUCUUGCCAUGAGAGGAGGUCCGAUAAAUACUAGAAGAAUACCAAUGGAGGAUCCAGCGUUGAGAGAAAUGGCUGAAUAUAUGGAGGCAAAUAAAGAUGAAAUAUUAGAAAAACUGCCAGGGAACCGUCAUGUGACAUUAUUAGUGUUUCGUGAUGGGGAUCAGCUCAACUUUUUUCGAGUUGUAGAUAGAGGCGAUGGAACACUCACACCUUUAUCUGAAUCUUUAAGUGCUUCUAUGUAUAAUUAUAAUGAAGAAGAAGAUGAUGAAGAACAAGUUAUUGGAGCUCAUUCAGCAGAAAAUGAUAAAUUAAAAGAUAAAAUGCAACAGUUACGUGUAAAUAUGGAAAAACUUAGCCUCACAAAAAAGCAUAAAAUUCCCAAACCACCUCCUCCAGGAAGUGAAAAGCCAAGUAGUUCCUCUAGCAGAAUGCGUUUACGCCAGUUAUCUAUGUCUGGACGAACCGUUAAUAAAACUUUUAAUAAAAACACUUGUUUACCACCUGUCGGCCAAACAUUCCAAGCUCGGGUAAAUCAGGAUAACACAGAUAGUGAUGACCUGGGACCUGUUCUUUCUUCCAGUGAUGAUAAUUUAGAAGAAAGUGGUGCCAUGGCUGAAAUAGCUUCUUUUAAGACCACAAUAGAUACUUUUGAAUCUAAGUUAAAUCAGCCCCUGGAUCGCGUAAAAGAGGACACUGGCGUUUGUGACGGGAGGAUUAGUGCCGAAGUGGCAGCUGGUGUGGGCUCUGAUUCAGGGUCAGCAUCGGUUGCCGGUUCUUCCAUUAAGAGAGACUUGUAUAGACUAAGUAGCCUAACAGAACCCAGUACUUCCAGACAUUUUCUUACGUCAUCUGCCAGAAGAAGAGAAUGCAAUUUUGAAAUGUACAAGGAGUCAUUAAGGCCCUCGUUAUCUUCAAAAAGUAGAAAACAGAAAUGUGAUCAAGCUACAGAUUCUAAAGAUUUACAUAAAAGAAUUUCUUCCUCUGCCAAAAAAGAAAUAUCAAUAGAAAGUCUAAGAGACUCAUUAAUGAGACAGCCUACAACGUCCCGCUAUGGUAGUAGGAAAGAGUUUCAGCUUGAAAGUCUUACAACUAGUGAAGCGUGCAGUAUGUCUGGUUUAUUGAGGCAAGCUUCAAUUGAGAAAAUCGGUACAUCGCAUAUAGCUAACUUUGUAUCUACUAGUGCUGGUAAAUCAAGACUUGGUAAUUAUAACAUGGCUGCAUCAUCUCAGGAAGGUUGCAUACCUACACCUGAAAAUAGAAUGGUGUCUGCUAGAUUACAGAGAAUAUCAGCUAGUCGAGAUGGUUUAAUAUCUCCAACCCAUAGAUUACCACCUGUUAAAGCCAAGAAAAAGAAUACUAGAAGAUGUUAUCUAUGUGGUAAAAAGACUGGUCUAGCUACUAGCUAUCAGUGCAGAUGUGGUGAUAAUUUCUGUGCUACACAUCGCUAUGCAGAAUCCCACGAUUGUAGAUUCGAUUACAAAACAGAGGGGAAGAAGCUGUUAGAACAAAAUAAUCCUGUAGUCAAUGCACCUAAAUUACCUAAAAUAUAGCAGAACUUCACUUUGUUUAAACAUCUAGAUUUGUUAUAUUAAAUAUAUUUUUGUUAUGGAGAUGGCGUUUAUUUUAAAAUUUUAUCAUUAAGUUUGUAUUGAGAAAUGAUUUACAGGUUCUAAAUUGUAGGCAUUAUUUUUCUGUUGGCUUAUCUGUGACAAUAAUAGAUUUAUUUUUAUUCCUAAUUACUUAACCAGUACAUUGGAAAAGUGAUAGGUGAUGUGAAAGAAAAAUUGCAGGUAUUUUUACGUACUAAUUAAGAGCUAACUUUUAAUUUUGUUAUUCAUUUUUUUUAUGGAUAGUUUCAAUAAUAUUUAUAAGAUAUAUAGUAAUAAGUCAUCCAUUCUGAGAUCGGUUGACAGCCAUAUCAAACCAAAUAGAAAUUAUGACUUUGAUUGUAGUUAUUUUUUUUGUUUUCUGGCAACAGCUCCCUAAACAUCAAAAAUGUGAGACAGUGAACGAAAAACUGGUUUUAUACUAAAACAUUUAAAAUUUACAGAGGUUCUUAAAAUAUCUAUAAAAUAAUGAAUACUAUUCUCAUUAAAUUUUAAUGGCUGUUUACAUAAGGUAUAAUUAUAUAUAUUCCAUUUAUCAUUACAAGUAUAUUAUUUGAUGUUUUCAAUAAUUAUAUAUUGAAUAAAAUGUGAAUGUAUAUAUUGAUUGAGGGUAAACUUGAUAUUGCAGGUCCAUUAUGAGUUAUAUUUGUGAACAUAUGACUAAAGAGCCAUCACUUACUCAUUUACCUCCUACUUCCAUGAAGUCGGUGUUUGGUUGCAUUGAUUUAAAGAUUACACAGAAAUAUGUUUAUUUUCAAACCAUAUUUCCCUGGACCAGAACAUACCAUACAAAGCUGGUCCGGUUCUAAAAGGGAGGUAGUUUACAAUAAAAAGUAUUUGACUGCAGGUUCUACAAAGUCAAAAAUAAGGGUCAUUAUGGUUAUUUAUCGCAUGAUUUCUCUAUCUAAAUUUGUUUGGAUUAGAGGUCUGAAACUAGGGAAAGGCAUGAGUUUGCUCAGUCAGUUGUCAGUUCUUUGUAUUCAGUUAAAAUAUUAUGGUAUAAUGUGUAAAUGGAUUUAGAUGUUAAUGUAUGUGUGCUAUUAUUGUUUAUCUUUAAUCUUAGUUAGGUCUCUUUUUACUUAUAAUCUGUUUUUAACUUCUGUUAAUCUACACUGUAUCAAUGUAGAAUGAACACUGUUUCUUGACAAAUAACUGUACAUAUAUAAUAUAGAUUCAAAUUAUGAAUUCUACAAAUUGCCAUGUCAGGUUGUGAAGAAUCUUUGUCAAUAGUCAAUUAUCUUAUCUUUGAUCUGCCUUUCUUCUCCAUUUUUUUUGAAAGGAUUCAUUGAUUUUACAAUUCAGCUUUUAUAGAAGAUUCAGCUAUAGGGCCUGAAAUUAAUAGUCAUUUGAUUGCCUUGCAAGAAAAUUGAACUAUUCGGACCCUAUAUUUUCGGAACUGGAUAUUUUUUCGAUUGCAUUCUGGUUCAGUAACUGAAAAGCUUUGAUCAAAUUUGAGUAUCUGGGAUUUCAUUGGCUAUACUUAGUGGAUAAUAUGAUAGUUUUAAAACCUGAGCUUUUUUUUCUAUAGUAUAUUGUUUAUUACUAUCCAAGAUGAUAUUAAAUCAUGGUUGAUUUGAUAAUUUAAGGAAGUUGAUCAUAUAAGUAAUUUAAUUAAGGAGUUAGUUUUAAAGGACUGAAUUAAAAUAUACUAUUAAAAGUAGAUGCUAUAAAUUGAUCCACCAAAUGUUUAAAAUAUUUAGAUAUUAUUUAGUAUUAAGAAUGUAAUGCAAUAAAAAGGUUAAUACAUGUAUUUAUAAAUUAUAUAGUAUUAUAAAGAUAUUUUGCUAAAAAUUUAAAUUCUAGAGUACAGUAGUUCUCAGUUCCAUUUUUUUUCAAUCGUACACACUAAAUUUGGAGUCUUGCUCCAAAUUUAUAUAAUUUUCAACCUCUUACUUUAUCUUUCUUCACAAAUGGGCUGCUUUAGGUGAUUUCAUUGGAUAACUUUCUGUUUUCUUUCUUUUCUGUCCAAUCCUGUUAAGUUGGGGGUUAGUUCUGUUUAAACAAACUGGUUGUGAAAGCGAACCUUAAUGAAGAAGUCAUGCUUAUCGGGGGGUUUUCAGGGGAGAAUGAAUUUAUCAUCUAUUCCACAAAUAGAAAUAGCAUUGGUUCUUUUAUAGAAUACCAGUAUGGUAUAUUCUUAAGUAACAAUGUAUACCAUUUAUAUUAGAUGGUACAGGUCUCAAAACAAAUCAAUUAUUUAAUACAAUAUUAAAGUAUGAAUGACAAUUAAUGUAAUUAUAAAUAAGUAUUAAAUUAUCAACUUUUUAUUCUGUAAAACAGAAAUAUAUUCUAUUUCUAUCUAGAUUAUGUGAGUUAUUAUCCGAAUACAGAUAUUAUACUAUUACCGGUAUAUAUACUGUAUUCAGUCUGUGAUUGAAUGUCGUGUACUACUAAUAUUGAGUGAAUUGAAAUAAAGGACAAAGAGUUCA